AUGGUGCACUACGUGGACGUGCACCUGCCGUGGUCGCACUCCCUCCGCGCCUGCUGCCUCCCCCGCAUGCUCCGCCCCGCCCCGUCCAUCACCUUCCGCAUCUCAAGCCUCGCCUCCCUGCGCAAGCACCUGCAGCAGCCCGUGCCGCCCGCCAUGCCGCCCUUCCGCUUCGGCCAUAAGCCCCCGCGCGCCAUCACCGCCUACUCCGCCACCGUCCCGCUCUCCGCCCCUCCUCCCCGCCCUCCAGGCAAUUCCGGCGCUGCUGCUGCUGCUGCUGCUGCUGCUGCUGCUGCUCCUGCUGCGAGUGCUGGGCCUGGGCUGGCCUCCGCCCCAUCCUUGGCGCAGCAGUAUCGGUGGAAGGUGGACGCGGCGCCUGUGGUUGCAGCAGAGGGGAUGAUGCUCGAAUGGCUGGCAGAGCCACGUGUCGGCCUGCUACUGGACCUCCAGAUUAUUCGGCGCCAGCUGGCAUAUAUUCUAGGCAUUGAUAGUCUGGCUGCUGCGCGUGCAGCCGCUGGGACUAGAAGUACCGGAGGAGAGGCAGCCAGCCGUCAAGAACUGUGGUGGUGCUGCUGGCAGUGCAGCCGCUGCUGGACGCGCUACCGCCGUGCCGUGUCCAUCGCUGCUUUCACCGUGCUUGUCGCCAAGUUCCCCCGCUUUGUCACCCUCUGGAGAGCAAACAUCCGGUCUGCUACUGUGGCGUUUCCCAACGUGGCGUUUCAGUUUGGAGGGGGCCGGCAGGCUGCGGGCGACUGCUUGGCGUCGCUGCUGCUGCAGGUGCUGGGAGUGAAGGGCAAGCAGCAGCUGGAGACCGGCUUUGCUGCCCACCUGCUGCCACUGCUGCCGGGGGGGAGGGACGCGCAUGGGCAGGCGGGAGGGGGAGGGGGGAGUAAGGGGAGGGGAGUGGGCCGGGGGGGUGAGUGGAGGGAGGGGUUGAGGGGGGUGGAGUGGGAGGAGUAUGUGGAACGCGUGGGGAAGAUUGUCUCUCAGGGAGGGCUGGCAGGCGAGCAGUACCGCUGCUGCUGCUCGCAGUGUGGUGAAGGCGAGGGAGCAGAGGGACGAGCGACUGGGGCUGUGGGCGACCAACCCAGCACCAGUGGCGGCAGUGGUAGUGGCAGCAGCACUGACAGCAACAGUGGCAGCAGCAAUGGUAACGAUGGCAGAAGUGAUGGCAGCAGCAGUGGCAUGGUGAUAUCUGGUGCGGACCCCACAGACUUCGCCCUCAAGUGCGCCACUCUCUUCUGCCAGCCGCUGUUUGCCCAGAGUGCUGCUCUGGUCUUCUCGGACUCAGCUGGCAGCAGGUUCAAGGAGAGGGUGGAGGACGCUGCUGUGGAGGAAGCAAGGAACCUGCUGGCAGCGGGGGAGAAAGGCACAGAGGGCAGUGGAGUGCAGGAUCGAGGGAAGCGAGCAGUGGAUUCAGACGUCCCAAGAGCGGCUCCUGCUUCUUCUGCUGCUGGGGCUGCAGGUGCAACCAAGGCAUCCAGCUCUGCAAGUGGCGCCAGGCUAGUGCCCGUGAACAGUAACGCGGUGGUUGGGCUGUUCACGUACCGAGUUACCUGCCUGCUGCGGUGGGUGCGACUUUAUGGGUUCAGGGUCAACUCCUCUGAGCACUGCAUAUGCUCCGAUCGGAAAAAGCCUGCCAUCGCCCUCCCGCAUCCAAUCCAUGACCUUCCGAACCUGCUGCAAAGGUUCGGCGCUGCGCCCAAGCCUCAGGCUGCCACAGGCUUGGAAGGUUCGCCUGCGACCGUUUGGAAGGAGUUUCCGGAGGGGGACAGGGCGGCAGUGGCGGAGCGUGAGAAGGACACGGGGGAGUUCAUGGGAAUCAAGAUCCUCCAUGUGGGGGCGUUUCAGGGCGGUGAGGUGGACAGGGAGGAGGUGAAGAAGGAGCACAACGUGAGGGAGCUGAACCUGCCCCCCCCGGGUGCACCGUCCACCGUGAACCGCAACCCUGGUGGCGGGUACACUCUGCAGGACAACACCAGCGGUCCUUAUUUCCCCACGCUGAGCCACCGUGUGGAGGAGUUUCUGAGAAGGUUCGCCCCUGCACGGCUGGCAAGGGAGGGCAGGAACGGCCCUCUGGCCCGCGCUAUCACCUCCUGGGCUGGCCGUCUGGGCCUCGGGGAUCGAGCAUGGGCUGCUCUGGCUCUCGGGCCGUUUGCGCCUGGCAGAAUCAAGCCCAUCCUACGGUCCAGAAUCCAAGUGGACAUCCUGAUAGAGAUGAUCGCGAACAGCAUUCUGCCUGCACCUGUGUGCACCCGCUGCGACCGCUGCAUUGGCACGUACUACCUGGCCGUGAACCUCACGUCUCUCGUCGCCACCUUCGCCUACCGCCCCUCGUCCGCGCUGCUGCGCUGCAUCCUCUCACUCUUCCCAGCCCGCUCCGCCCGCUUCAGAAGCUUCCUGGAGAAUCUGGGCGUGGCGCCGCUCCCUGCGGUGGUCCCGGACUCGCUGGUGGCGGCGCUGCUGGAAGGCGUGAUGGAGGAGCAUCACCUGCCGCUCAUCUUCUACGGCACUCAGCUCAUCUUGAAAGAGGAAGGCUUCGAGGCCAUUCUGGAACCUGUCGGGCAGGACGGGGGCGGGCAAGCAAGGGGGGAGGGUCAGCAGCAGCAGCAGCAGGGGGAGGAGGAGUGGAGGAUGUGGGAGGAGGUGGACAGCUGGCGCAUGGCGGCUGGGAACGCGUGGCCUGCUUUGGAGGCACAUGGUGCGGCGCUGCAGAGAGGGGCUGGUAGGGGAGUGGGUGGAGUGGAGGAAGAGGAGUUGGAGGAGUGCUGUGAGGGCAUGAGGCGCGCCAUGAGGGACGAUGUGGCUGUUGCAGCUGCGAGGAAGGAAGCUCUGAUUGCCAUGGUCAUUGCUGCUGGUGACCCUGGGGCCACUGGUCUCGUCACGGCAUCGUGGUACGCGCCGUCCGAGGCGUUGACCUCGUCCACGGGACCCACGCCGGUCAACAUUGACCUCGCCGCCUCGUCGGACCUCUCGGAUUCGUCCGUCGCUUCGACGCUUUCCAGCUCCGGCGACUCUGCCGCUGCUGUCGCUAAAUCGGCAAAACCGGUGCCGGCUGCAGUCCAAGCACCUCCCGCUCCCCGCGCCGCUGCUACACCCAUUGCCCCGCGCGCGUGCCCUCGGCCGCUCGUGCUGAGCGCGUACGACGGCGUGCUCGACCCCGACCUGUUCGAGGCAGCCGGCGAGUUGGGGCGCGGCGGGUUCGGCACAGUCGUGGCGAUGCGGCGAGUGGAGAGCGGCGAGGUGGUGGCGGUGAAGCGCGUGGAGCGGAAGCAGCUGGUGGCGGCGUCGAACGAAGCGAUGCUGUCGGCGUCGCUGAGCGAGUGCCCGGGCGUGCUGGGCGUGCGCGAGGUGCAUCUGGCCGAGCAGCACGCGUACAUGCUCUCCGAUGUGUGCCACGGCGGUGACCUCCGCGCCCUGCUGCAGCGACGCAAGGCUGCCACGAGCAACACCACGGGGGACGCGGGGAGAAGCGAUUGGAGGCGGUGGUGGGGGAAGGCGAGCGGGGAAGGCAGGCGGGGAGGGGGAAUGGCGGAGGCGGAGGCGCUGGAAGUGGUGAAGCACGUGGGCGACGCCGUGGCGUUCUGCCACGAGCGAGGCGUGGUGCACUGCGACAUCAAGCCCGAUAACAUCCUCUUUGCCGAGCCCACGCCGCUCUCCGCGCCCCUGCCUUUCUCCGCCGCCGCUGCUCCUGCUGCUCCUGCUGCGCCUGCGCGCGCCUCUCCUGCUGCCCUCAGCCUGUCCGCGCCCGUCUCCUCAGCGCGCACCUCCCCCCGCCUGGCCGCGGGGGCAGUGCGGCUGGCGGACUUUGGGUUGGCGCAGGUGGUGGCGGAGGGGCAGCGCGGGUGCAGCAUUCCCGCAGGCACGCCCGGGUACGUGGCGCCUGAGGUCGAGGCUCUCUGCCGCCCUCGCUGCCCGCCCGCCCCGGGCGCCGCCAAGCACGCCAGAAAAGCAGCGGGGGGAGCAGAGGUACGAAGCGCAGAGGCAGCGGGGUAUGGGCGCGCAGCUGACGUGUGGUCGCUGGGGGUGACGCUGUACGAGAUGAUUGCGGGCGAGCGCCCGUACUCAGGGGAGGCGCCUCAGCAGGGCGGGUGGCGGGCGCCUGUGGACGGGGCUGCGUGGGAGGGCGUGUCGGAGGAAUGUCGCGCGCUGGUGAGCGGCAUGCUGAGAGUGCGUGCGGAGGAGAGGCUGAGCAUGACGCAUGUGUGCAACCACCCCGCCAUGAUCCGCGCCUUCGUGGGCAGCGGGCGGAGCAGCGCGGGGAAGAGCAGGAGUGGGAGGUGGUGGUGA